ACAUACACACAGUUUGGGGACCGGAUCAGGUGACCAUGGGGUUUCUGUUACCGGAGGGUCAGCAUUGCACCGCCGUCCGCAGAUGCCCGCCGUUCUGUUAUUUGAUGCACUACCAGAUGCCGUAACUAUAGGUCCCACUCCGGAAAAUGCCUUCAAUCCGUGAAACCCUUCAAGCAAUGAAGGUGAAAGUGGGCGAUGUUUUCCCAGAAUUAAAGCUGAAAGGAUUGUGGGAACAGAAUCCUAAUAAUGGAACAGCCCCUACAGUUCUCACCAACUAUCUGGAUACUCAGUAUUUUGGUGAGAUCAGUAUUGGGUCUCCACCGCAGACAUUCAUGGUUGUAUUCGAUACAGGAUCUGCCAACCUGUGGGUGCCAUCCCGUCACUGCUCCCCGCUUUACAGUGCAUGUGUGUCUCAUAACCAGUAUGACUCCUCUAAAUCUCACACCUACAUUGAGAAUGGAACAGGCUUCUCAAUACAGUAUGAAUCUGGAAAAGUAAGAGGUUUUCUGAGCCAGGACGUUGUAGCUGUAGCGGGUAUUCCAGUCAUCCAGGUUUUUGCCGAGGCUACUGCACUCCCUGCAUUCCCCUUUAUCUUUGCCCGCUUUGAUGGUGUGCUAGGAAUGGGAUUCCCAGCACAAGCAAUUGAUGACAUCAUACCUGUCUUUGACCGGAUUCUGUCUGAGCAAGUCCUGCAGGAAGACGUAUUCUCAGUGUAUUACAGCCGGGAUUCACAACUAAAUCCUGGAGGUGAGAUUAUCUUUGGUGGCUCAGAUCCUUCCUAUUAUUCGGGCAGCUUUCAAUAUCUCAGUCUUAAGAAGCAAGGGCACUGGCAUAUUAACAUGAAGGGGGUGUCAGUUGGUGCAGAACUCCUAUUCUGCAAAGAGGGGUGUACAGUGGCAAUAGACACAGGAGCAGCAUACAUUACUGGACCUGCUGGGUCAGUAUCUGUCCUCAUGAAAGCUGUUGGUGCAACACAGCUCCCUGAAGGAGAGUACACUGUGGAUUGUGAUCAAAUUUCCCAGCUUCCUGGCAUCACAUUUCAUAUGGGAGGACAUGAGUAUACCCUGCGAGGACCAGCAUACACCUUGCGGCAAUCACAUUUUGGAGAAGAAGUGUGUUAUGUUGCUUUCUCUGGUCUGGACAUUCCUCCCCCCACAGGACCUAUAUGGAUUUUGGGCGCUACAUUCAUAGGAGAGUAUUACACCGAAUUUGACCGGCGCAAUAACCGUAUUGGAUUUGCUACGGCCCUUUGAUUGAAAUUGCCAAAAUUUACUAUGUAUCAUUUUUUUGCCUGACAGUAACACAAAUGUGGACUCCCU